AUGUCAAAUAAAGAAAAAGUCAUGGAAAACAUUUACAACAACCCGUUUGCAAAACAAUCUGAAAAAGCCACUACAUACUAUGGGAUUCCGCAUGAUAUCCAAUUGCAAAAUAAAAUUUAUAAUGGUUUACGUCCAAGCAUUCCAGGGAACGUGCCAAUAUUAAUUGCUGAAUUGAUUAUUAAAUGCUGGGACCCUCAUCCAGGCAAAAGAUUAAAUUCUAAAGAAAUAUACGACACCAUAAACAUAUGGAAUAAUGAAAUUAUUAACAAUGAAUUUACAGAAUUAGCUGCUCAAAUAAAGAAGGCUGAUGAAAUGCUUAUGAAUGAUCUUUCAAUGUCUUCAUCAUCAUCUUUCGAAAAAAUACACCCUGAAGCAAUUUAUUUCAGCAGACCACUCAAUACUUUAAAUAUUUUCGUUGAUUCUGUAGACCAUAAACUGUUUGAGACCAUCAAUCCUACAACAGGAAAAGCCAUCACUUCAGUAGCUGAAGCGUCGGAAAAAGAUGUUGACAUCGCUGUUGAAGCUGCUACAAAUGCCUUUAAUGAUGUGUGGUGUCAUGUGGAUGGCAAGGAGCGUGGAAAGUUGAUCAAUAAACUCGCAAAUCUAAUGGAACGCGAUCUUGAGGAAUUGGCUGCACUUGAAGCUUUAGAUAAUGGGAAAACUUUUCGUUCUGCAAAAGCCAACGAUCUUCCAAGUGCAAUUUCAUGUUAUAGAUACUUUGCUGGAUGGUGUGACAAGAUUCAUGGCAAGGUUAUUGAGACCCAACAUGACAAGUUUUGUUAUACUCGUCAUGAACCUUUUGGUGUUUGCGGUGCAAUUAUUCCUUGGAAUUAUCCCCUUGAAAUGCAAGCGUGGAAAAUGGCCCCAGCUUUAGCAUGCGGAAAUACUAUUGUUCUCAAGUCAUCUGAACUAACUCCUUUGACGGCCUUAAAAGUUGCUGCGCUAUGUAAAGAAGCCGGGUUUCCAAAGGGUGUCGUGAAUGUUCUGUCCGGUUUUGGUCCUGUUGCCGGUGCUGCUAUCGCUUCUCAUAUGGGAAUAGAUAAAAUAUCUUUUACUGGAAAGUCUAUAUUGAAAGCUUCUGCUGAUAGUAACUUGAAAAAUGUAUCUUUAGAGUUAGGGGGAAAAUCUCCUAGCAUUGUGUUUGCAGAUUCUGAUCUUGAUCAAGCUGUCAAAUGGGCUCAUAUGGGCGUAUUCUACGAUAGUGGUCAAUGUUGUUGCGCUGGUUCUCGUGUUUAUGUUGAAGAUUCUAUUUAUGAUGAAUUUAUUAAUAAAUUUCAAGAGCAUGCUCUGAACAUUAAAAUUGGGGAUCCUUUUCAUAAAGAUACUUAUCAAGGCCCUCAAAUUUCUCUGCAGCAAUUUAACAAAAUUAUGUCUUAUAUUGAUACUGGCAAGAAAGAAGGUGCUACAUUACUGAUGGGUGGUGAACGGCAUGGCGAUCAAGGAGAUUUUCCCCCUAACUCUAAAGAUACAUUUUUCAAGUUACUAUCAGCAGAAGCUUUCAAUAUAGACUUUCCUACAGCGGUUGAACCUUAA